GGCUAUGGAGGGAAAGAAAGGGCAUACAUCGCUACACAGGGUCCAACUGUAAACACAGUGGGGGAUUUCUGGAAGAUGGUUUGGCAGGAGCGCUGUCCCAUUAUUGUCAUGAUCACCAACAUUGAAGAAAAAAACGAGAAAUGCACAGAAUACUGGCCAGAGGACAGAGUCAUCUGUGAAGGUGUCGAGAUCACUGUCAAACAGGUCAUCCAGGCAGAUGACUACAGUCUAAGGAUUUUCACUGUGAAGAGUGAGGGUGAGGAGCGCACUCUCAAACAGUAUUGGUACACAUCCUGGCCAGAUCAGAAAACUCCAGACAAGGCCCCGCCUCUUUUGGACUUGGUUAAGGAAGUGGAAGAAGUGAGGAAACAGGCAGGCGGGUUGUCACCGGGACAGUAA